AUGGUCUUCAAGCCAUUCACCCAUCUCGCGCGUCAGAGUUUCACCAAAGCCUUCACCCAUGGCUAUGCUCAGUCGGUAGUGGCCGCAUCGCAGUCCUACGCGUCGUCCACAACCCUCAACCAACUCUCCCUCCAACCCGCCGCCAAGUUUUCCCGCACCACACAACUCCAGAAUGCCUUCUCGAAUGCCUCCAGUUCGUCCGGCGCUGGCGCCAAGGCCAGCCAGGGUACCGGUGGUAACGGUGACUUCGGUCUAGCCGCCUACUAUGCUGCCUGGCAGCACGCCCAGCAGACCGGCGACGAUACCGACUGGCGCCAGUUCCAGUUCAAGCGGCGCAUUGGCUGGCAGCCCAACGAGGAAAUCGAGGAUGCAAAGGAUGAGCGCAUCCCUUCUCCCGAACCCCCACACUUGACCAAGGCCGCUGUCAACGAGAAUGUGAGCGCACAGGUUGAGGAGGCUGUCGCCCGGGAGAUUCAGAUUCAGGAGGAGCAGGCACAAGCGGAAGAGGCUUCGGACGUGACCGAGGCAGUCGUUGCUGAGUCGGCCGUCGAGGAUGUUGUUAUCUCGGAGGCAAUCUCGGAGGAGAGUAGGAUCGCCUCUGAGCGCAUCGUGCAGUUAGCCUCGGAGAAGAACUACUAUGAGAUCCCGGCAGCAUUCGAGUCGAUUCUCCGCGAAGGUCUGACUCCGACGGUCGAUGCAUACAACGCUCUUUUGGUUGCCGCUAUCCGUCUUCAUCCCGAGCCCGCUCAGGCCAUUCACAAGGCUCUCGAUGUGUACUCUGAUAUGCUUCGUCGCAGGGUAAUUCCCGACGAAGAUACUUAUCAGACUCUCGUCCAGCUGUUGGUCACCCAGGCCAACCAUGCGAUCGAGGCCAAGGAAGUGCUUGAACAGGAACGCGUCCGGUAUGGUGGUAUGGAGGAGCCCGGCAAGUUUAUGCUGCAGUCGAGCGAGCUGGAGCGUGACCUACUUGCUGAGGACCACUCCCUGUCCAUCGCCGUGAAGCUGUUCGACACUGCUACGAGCCGCCACUCUCGUCUCGUCUUCCCCGUCGACUUGUACCGCCAUCUCAUCAUUGCCUGCGCUCGCGAGGGCAAGGUCGAGGAUAUGAUCCGCAUCUACUCUCACAUGGAGAUGCAAAAGGUGACUCCUCACGCGUCCAUCUUCCCCUUCAUGAUUGACGCUUUUGCCGGCGCGCGCGAUCUGUCGAGCGUGGUCGAGUGCUACAACGAGUACCGCAACCUGGCCAUGUCUGACGAUAACGGUGUCUUUGCCAUCAUCAAGCGUCUCGAUGGUCAAGUCUAUGCGGCCGUCAUCCGUGCUUAUCUGUCCUGUGGCAAGGAAGAGGGCGCCAUGCACUUCCUCGACCGGAUCCGUUCUUCGUUCGACGAAGUUACCGAGAACCGCGAAAGCCGCUGGGCUGCUGUGGAAGCUGUCAUUGUUCAGGAUGCCCUCGUGCAGCACUUUUUGAAUGUUGGUGAGCACGGUAAGGCCCUGGAUCAGGCUAAGGAGCAAUUGCACGAUGCGGCUCGCGAUCAGGCCAUUUCUCGGAUCUGCAUUUCUGCGGCCGACGGUGGCGAUCUUACCACUGCCUCCGAAGCAUAUGACCGUCUGUCUACCUCCCCCGAUACCCGUCAGAAUCCUGCCAUUUCACUCCUUGCGCUUCACGUCCGCCAGGGCAAUGUUUCUGCUGCCCGUUCUCUGUGGAUCAUGUUGAACACUGUGGGUCAGGCAACCCCGGAUAUGGUCCAGCCGACCGCGAUGUACGCGGUUGCGUUGUUGAAGAGCGGCCAAGUUGAGGAUGGUCUCCAUGAGGCUCGCAACAUGUUUGCUCGUAUCCGCAACGCCUCCGCCAAGCAGGUCACCGUCGCCCCUGCCACUGUCCGUGAGCAGAUCACCGAGUCACUUCACCUCUUCGGCCGUGUUCUCAUGGAGACGGCCGCUGUUCUCUCUCCUCAGGCCUCGAUGUCUCUUCUAUGGUCUAUGGUCGAGAACGGUGGCUUGGUGUCUCCUCUUGCGGAGCACGCCGUCGCUAGCCUGGGUCCUAUGGGUAUCUCGCAGUUGAACCCCGCCGACCUCACCCUGGCCCUUCAGGUCCAGGCCCGUAUGUUGGCUGGCAACAGUGCUCUGCUCUUUGACGUUGCCCACCCGAUCCGCUUUGCCCACAUGCUCGAUGUCGCUCUCUCCGCCGCUUUGCCUUUGGAUACCUACACUACCCGUCUGGUCGACCAGGCCGUCGCCAAGCUGUUCACCAGCCGUCCCGACAUCGUCAAGAGAUGGCAGGAUCACGUUGAGGCAUCGACCCAGGGCUCCUUCCUGUCGGACCGCCACAGCCCCGUUUCCAUGACCGAGACCAACAUCACGACCCCUUCUGUUAGCCCGGAUUCCUUCGACCCGUAUGCCCAUGCCACCGACUUCCGAGGCUCUGCCAUCAUUGCCGAUGAGCUCGAGAAGACCACCGGUCGCGCCGAGACCCACCUCAACGAGGCUCUGAUUCGUCUCAAGAACAUGCGUCGCAUUGGUCGUCACCCUCGCUACAUCACCUACGCGAAGCUCAUCACUGCUGCUGCCAAGGUCGGUCGCAUGGAGUUGGUUCACGAGAUCCAUGCCAUGGCCCGCGCCGAUGUCCCUUUGAACCCGGCUCACAACGCUGUCAAGUACGGUUGGGUUUCUAUCCUCGAUGCUAUGGUCUCCGCCUGCCUCACCCUCGGUGAUCGUCACCUGGCCGGUCAGUACCACCAGGAGCUCCUCGGUCUGGGUUCGGCGCCGUCCGCCAACACCUUCGGCCUUUACAUCACCACCCUGAAGGAGUCGACCAAGACCUUUGACGAAGCCACCGAGGCCCUGAAGAUCUUCCACCGCGCUGUCGCUGAGGGCGUUGAGCCCACCUCGUUCCUGUACAACGCGCUUAUUGGCAAGCUUGGUAAGGCCCGUCGCAUUGAUGACUGCCUUGCCUACUUCGCCGAGAUGCGCGCCAACAACGUCCGCCCUACGAGUGUCACCUAUGGUACUAUCGUCAACGCCCUUUGCCGUGUCAGCGACGAGCGCUUCGCCGAGGAGAUGUUCGAGGAAAUGGAAUCCAUGCCCAACUACAAGCCGCGCCCCGCACCGUACAACUCGAUGAUCCAGUACUUCCUGAACACCAAGCGUGAUCGUUCCAAGGUCCUCGCCUACUACGAGCGCAUGCAGGCCCGCAACAUCAAGCCCACCAUGCACACCUACAAGCUGCUCAUUGAUGCUCACGCCUCGCUCGACCCCGUUGACAUGCCCGCCGCCGAACGUGUCCUUGCCGACAUGCAAGCUGCCGGUGUCCAGCCGGAUGCCGUGCACUAUGCUUCGCUCGUCCACGCCAAGGGCUGCGUUCAGCACGAUCUCCCCGCCGCUCGCAAGGUGUUUGACUCCGUGCUCGCAGACCGCCGUGUACGUCUGCAGCCGUGCCUGUACCAGGCCCUCUUCGAGGCCAUGGUUGCUACCAACCGCGUUGCGGAUACCGAGGAAAUUGUCAGUGGCAUGAAGCAGCGCAACGUCGAGAUGACCGCUUACAUUGCCAACACGCUCAUCCACGGCUGGGCUACCGAGGGCAAUGUCUCCAAGGCUAAGACCAUCUACGACAGCAUCGGCAUUGAGAAGCGCGAGCCUAGCACCUACGAGGCUAUGACUCGCGCAUUCCUCGGUGCCGAUGACCGGGCUGCAGCUGCCGGCAUCGUCCAGGAGAUGAUGUCGCGCGGAUACCCAUCCGCCGUGGCAAGCAAGAUCAUCGACCUGGUCGGCGCUGCUCCCUCCGUCUAA